UCACUGUGUGGUUUGCAGGGCUCUGACCGUCAUUUCCCCCUCCACACCGACUGGCAAAGGUAGGGGGAAAUCAUGAGUGGGCUGAUUUAACUUAUGGGACGAGGAGCCGCGAGGGGAGGGGGGUCACGCUGCAACUUGGGUAGGAUCUGCUCCGUGGAUGAUCUUCGGAUGAAGCCAAGCAAGAACCAGUCUCAGGGAAGCUCAAUGAAGACUUGUCCACCUUGUUCUGGGAAGAAGUCCCAUUCUCCGGGGAAGAGGUAAAAUCAAGAGAAGAUUGGGGUAAAAAGAAGCCGGAGAAUCAAAGCUGCCAGUUCCAAGAGAGGCCAAAGGAGCUCCUGUUAAUGCAACACGAUCUGCUGGGUCUUAUCCUAAAAAUACCUCCGUCCAGGCGAGUGGUCGCUGUCUCUGUCCUGUCUCAUUACCUGCUCAUCAACUUUUUUCAGACAACUGAGGUCGGAUAGCAUUGCUUUUAGAAGAUUUAACAACUGCACAGAUGUUACCAAGAGUUUGAUUUCGCUGCGCUGAGCUAAAUGGACGGAUUAUCUGAAUAUAACUGGAACUUGCAUGUUAAACCCGUCGAAGGACUUUCAGGCCCUGCCAGGAUCUUGGCUCAAAACACAACAUAUUGCCAUUUCUUCAUGAAGUCUGGGCAUCCCGGUAGAUAAUUAACCGGAGAACCCUCCUGUAAGUUCAACCAUGAGAAAAGCCGACGUACCGAUGACCCUGAAGAAGGGGGCAGAUGAAACGGCGGCGCCCCCAAGUCCCAUCAUCCCCCCCAAACGGUCCAAAACAAGCCCGGAGCAGAAAGCCCCCAACCCAUCUCCACCCGUUUUCCUCCGCAAAAUGAGGAACGCCGCCGUGGGGACCGGCUGCGACAUCCGCCUCAAGGUGACCGUGGCUGGGGACCCCCAGCCAUCGCUGUACUGGUACCACAACGACGAGCUUCUCAACAUGGAGAACCAGGAGUACGGAGGCCUUUGGAUUAGGGACUGCAAACCCAGCGAUGCUGGCCUCUACACCUGCAUCGCCAAUAACCACCUGGGAGAGGCUCGGACCAGCGCCGUGCUGGCUGUCUUGGAUCUGGGUGAAGACUCUGAAACGACUGAAGAUGAAGGUGGAGACCAGUACGAGAGCAGAGAGGACCGCGGGGAUGUUGAGGACCAGGCCUUUCAUGGUGUGAUGGACAAAUGUGGAGAGGAAAAGGGUGGACCACAUGGACACAAGGAUCUCUCUACCAGAAGCCAGCCAGAAGAUUUCGCCAGAGAAUCUCCUCCCCAAGUUCUUCCACCGCCAUCGCCGAGGCUGGUCAAACGUAGUCCGUCUUCUCCGAUGCCAAGUCGCUCUGGCUCAACCACUCCUGUCAGCUUGCGUAAAAAAAUUGUCGUGCCAACUGAAUACCAAGACACAGUUCCAGGGGAGUUUGAGGAAAAGACUAAGCAGCCUAAAAGUGUUUCUCAGGGAGGGGGGCAGGACUCCAGACCACAGACCCCUCUGAGUGAGUCCUCCCGGAAAGAGUUUACCCUCCGACCUUCUCCGAAGCUUUCACGGGCGAGCUCAAAGGUUUUUGAGAAGGUCCGCGGCUUAGAGGAGCGCAGACGAAGCCUUGAUAUUCCAGAAGGUUCUGUCUCGGGAAGGUCCUGGGCAGGGUUCAACCGUGCUGGGUCCGUAGAUUCGGACGACGGUGGAAGCCGGCUGGGCAUCUCUAGAGAAAGCUCAAGGGAAGAUCUUAGAGAGGCUUUGAAAGAGGAUGCUGCCGAACGGAGAUCCAUGUUCAAACAGAGAGCCGCUUCGCUGGAGGAGAAACCUCGCUACUCUCAAAAAGUUCAGGACAUUGAAAACAAGUUCACGGAGGAGCUCCAGCGCAUCAAGAAACUCGUCGGGAAACCCCAUCUGAAAAAGUCCUUCUCCACUGAACAGCUCACCCUGAAGAGCAAGCAGCGCCAGCCCCUGAGGAAGAUCGAACCAAUUCCUCCCCAAGUUCUGCAGAAACUGCAGGAAAGGGAACGCUUGCAGUGGGAAAAGGAGCAGAGGGAGAAGGAACCGUGUCAGCAACAAAUGCAGCAACAACAGCAGGAGCUGCAUCAACCUCAAAAGAAAACAACAACUGGUUCAACGGCAGGGAGAGUUAGAGAUGUCCUAGGACCCCCAGAGUCGGUGCAGUUGUCAGACCUGCCAGGACAGCGGUUUGUCAGGGAAUUACAUAGAGUCAGUCCAGUAACAGAAAUAGCUCCAAGGUCAUCUUCCCCAGCACUGCAUCAACAACAAAGGGCAGAAUCCCCCAACGUCACAAUGACACUGCGCAAGGUGGAACGGAGGCCCCAAAGCCCGCUUGUUCAAAGAGUGUCUCGAAUGCAAGAAUCCCCACACAUCCAAGAGCCCGAGACAGGGAGAAAGACACCAGUUGAGGUAGCAUUGAGGAAAAUUGAAAACAGACCCGAAAGCCCUUUGGUACAGAAAAGGGCUUUCGUUGUGCAAGAUCUUCCCCUUCAACCUCAUCCAAAAUCCCCAAGAGUAACGUCUAGUACUCCAACAGAGGACGUGACGGAGGUGUCCAAGUCAGCCUCAAAGUUAAAGGUCCCCACAAUUAUCGUCGAAGAUGAAAGAAUGGAAGAGGAUGUCCCUCCAAAGAUAAAGGAGUCCAAGCAGACAAGCGGCAAGGAGGGAAAACCUCUGAAGACGAAGGGAAAGAACCGCCGUCCGCGUCCUCUGUCUCCAGAGUUAGAUUCAUCAGAUGAUUCUUAUGUGUCUGCGGGUGAAGACCCAAUGGAGGCGCCCAUGUUUGAGUUUACCCUUCAGGAUACCACAGCAUCCGCUGGUGCAGAUGUGCUACUAAAAACCAUAAUUGCUGGAACCCCGUGUCCUGAAGUUACCUGGACAAAAGACAACGCAGACGUCACAGGCAUGCCAAACUACCUUGUCAAGGUGGAGGGUGAACGACAUAGUCUGCUGAUAAAAUCAGCAAAAACCACUGACAGUGGAAAAUACUGCGUGACUGCAGUUAAUCAGAUGGGAAGAGCCACCAGCAGCGCCACUCUUACAGUCAAAGCAGACUCUGUGCAGGAGCCAAAGGGAAGUCUGGGUGUGCCGAUGGAAAUCAGCAGCCCAAUAACGUCUGACGAAGAGUACCUCAGCCCUUUGGAGGAAGUUAUGGACUUUGGAGUUCAGGAGCCAAGACGGACAAUCGACACGAGAUUCAGGGAACCUCCUGCUUUUCUGGAAACAAUUACAGAUCAAGCCGUGAUUGAAGGACAGGAAGUCACCAUGUCUGUUCGCAUUACAGGACAACCCAAACCCAUGCUUUACUGGCUGAGGGACAGAGUCACGGUGAAAACGGACCCCCGUCACGUCGUACGUGAGACCUCGGACGGCACCUUCGAGAUGACCAUCAAGUCUGCGGUGAGAUCGGACUCUGGCGUCUACACGUGUCGGAUCAUCAAUGAGUACGGCACAAAGCAGUGCGAAGCGAGGCUGGAUGUGAAAGCUCCUCCAGUUGAGCCGGGUCUGUCCGUCACCCGCCCGGUGAGGGACAUCACAGCAAAGGCCGGAGAGACGGUUUUAUUCGAGUGUCACGUCAUUGGACCAAAGGACACUGAUGUAGACUGGCUCGCGGAUGGAAAACUGAUCCAGCCCGCGUUGCUGAACUGUAAGAUGCACUUUGACGGGAGGAAGUGCAGACUGCUGCUCAAUUCUGUGCAUGAGGACGACAGCGGGACGUACACGUGCAAGCUCAGCACAGCCAAAGAGGAAGUGACAACAAGCGGGAAACUGAAAGUCAUUCCAUCACUGGAGCCUCUGUUCACGCGGAAGCUGGAUGUUCUGGAAGUGAUCGAGGGUCGAAACGCUCGGUUCGACUGCAAAGUCAGCGGGACUCCGCCUCCUAAAGUCCUCUGGAGCCACUUUGACCAGCCGCUCAUCGAAAGUGAAGACAUCAGAAUCGUCCAGGAGGGCGGCCGCCAUUCUCUCAUUAUUUCCCACGUGACCAGCGAAGACGAGGGUUUCUACACCGUCAGAGCUCGGAACGGUCACGGAGAGGCCGAGGACUCUGCUGAACUCUACAUACAAGAGCCGCGACCAGCCAUCUCCUCUCAGAUGGCCAAACUGGAGAAGAUGCCGUCCAUCCCAGAGGAGCCUGAGGUCCCAGAGAACGAGGUAGAGCGCUUCACCAUGCCCGACUUCAUCAAACCUCUCUACGACCUGGACGUGAUCGAGGGAAAAGAGGCCGUGUUGAAGUGCAAAGUGGCCGGGUUGCCAUACCCGACCAUCGCCUGGUUCCAUAAUGGCAAGAGGAUAGAGAGCACGGAGGACAGGAAGAUGACACAGUUCCGUGACGUGCACAGCCUGGUCAUCCGCUCUGUGUGCCACGCUCACGGUGGAGUUUAUAAGAGCGUGAUUUCCAACAAAGUGGGAAAGGCCACCUGUUAUGCACAUCUCUAUGUUACAGAUAUUCUUCCUGAUCCUCCCGAUGGAACUCCAGUGAUAGAGUCCAUCACUGGGAGAACCAUCACUUUGAGCUGGAAGAAACCCAGAAGGUUGGACCCUUCCAUUGAUCCCGGUUCCCUGAUGUAUGCCAUCCAACAGCAAGCCCUCGGCUCCAUCCAGUGGAUCAUAAUCGCCUCCGGCCUGAAGGAGACCACCUACACCAUUUCUACCCUCUCCAAGGGUGUGCGCUACGCAUUCAGGGUCCUGACCAUCACCUCAAAAGCCUUCAGCAAACCCUCCCCCGCCACCGAUCCGGUUCAGCUCUUGGACAGAGGCCCGUACCUUCAGGAAGCUCCAGUGAUUAUCGACAAACCGGACGUUGUGUAUGCGAUUGAAAACCAGUCAGUGACGAUCUCCAUCUCUCUGAAUCAUGUCAACACUGCCGUCACCUGGAAAAGGAAAGGAGUGCCUCUGGCCAACAAGCCCGGCCUGUAUGAGAUGGGGAUGCCAGACGACGACCAGCACACCCUGAAGCUGCUGAAGGUGAAGAGUUCUGACGUGGGCGAGAUGACCUUCGUGGCCACCAACGAGUUUGGAAGCGACAGCUGCAGCUUCAGCGUGGAGACGGCCGCUCCACCAACGUUUGAGACGAUCAUGGAGGACCUGGACAUCUGUUCAGGCGAGACUCCUCGCUUUGCUGUGGUUGUGGAGGGGAAACCGGUCCCUGACAUCCUCUGGUUCAAGGGGGACGUCCUGCUGUCGGAGAGCAGUCACUACACCUUCGUCUAUGACGACAACGAAUGCUCCCUGGUGGUCCUGAACGCCCACCCUGAAGACUCGGGGGUGUACACCUGUACCGCCCGCAACCUGGCGGGAUCUGUGUCCUGUAAAGCUGAGCUCACAGUUCAUGAGGCUAAGAGGAAGGAGGAGCCCAUGGAUGAUGAGGAGAGCCUUCUGAGGAAGAUGCGCAGGCUGACUGAUUACUAUGACAUCCAUAAGGAAAUCGGAAGGGGAGCCUUUUCCUACGUGAAGAGGGUGAAACAGAAGGCGACCAAAACGGAGUACGCCGCGAAGUUCAUCUCGACUCGAGCCAAGAAGAAGGCGUCUGCUCUGCGAGAGAUGAGGCUGCUGUCCAAGCUGGACCACGAGAGGGUCCUCUAUUUCCACGACGCGUUUGAGAAGAAGAACGCAGUGAUCAUCAUCACAGAGCUAUGCCACGAGGAGCUGUUGGACCGAUUUACCAGGAAAUCCACCGUCCUGGAGUCAGAUGUGCGAUCGUGUGUACGGCAGCUGCUGGAGGGAGUGGACUACCUUCAUCACCUGAACAUCAUUCACCUCGACAUAAAGCCUGAUAACAUCCUCAUGGCCGACCUCCAGAGCGAUCAGAUCCGUCUAUGCGAUUUCGGCAACGCCGUAGAGGUCACCCCCGAUGAGGCUCAGUACUGCAAAUAUGGCACACCUGAAUUUGUUGCACCUGAAAUCGUCAACCAGACGCCGGUUUCAAAAUCCACUGACAUAUGGCCUAUAGGAGUCGUAACGUACCUGUGCCUGACCGGCAUCUCGCCGUUUGCCGGGGAGAGCGAUCGCAGCUCGGUGCUGAACAUCAGGAACUACAACGUGGCUUUUGAGGAGAAUAUGUUUGCUGAACUUUGCCGAGAGGCCAGAGGCUUCAUCAUCAAGCUGCUGGUAGCCGACAGGCUGAGACCUGAUACUCAGGAAUGCCUCCGACAUCCUUGGUUCAAGAUACUAAGCAAGGGGAAACCAAUCAGCACAGAUGGGCUGAAGAAGUUUGCUUCUCGCAGAAAAUGGCAGCGUUCCAUAAUCAACUAUAAAUCAAAAAUGGUCAUGAGAUCCAUACCAGAGUUGCUGAAUGAUUCCUCGAGUCACACUUCCAUUGCAGUUCCGAGGCACAAGAAAGAGGGCUCACCUCUCCCGUCGUCGUCUUCAGACUCUGACGAAGACAUCGAUGAACUUCCUUUUAUUCCAAUGCCACUUAACAUGGACUUCUCCGGAUCAAGAAUGUCACUGAAUGACAUUCAGACCAAUGAGCAAGGAACAGGAAAAGGGAAUGAAAAAAGCCAAUGGUCUGGCCCACCUACCCACGGCCAGGAGGCAAUGGAGUGCGACUCUCAGGAGCAGGAAACACCAAGAGGAGAGCCAGGAGGGAAAGGCCGCCUCCGGAAACGGUCAUCAGAAGACAACGACAAGGGUUUCUCUGAGGAAUCACCAUCUGAACCUAUCCAAAAAUCAGAACUAUCAAGAAAGCCCCUCCGAAGAGGAUCAAGCAUGGAGUCUGAAAGGGUAGAAGGAGGCCGUAAAAGAGGGGAACUUCGGCGCGGUGGUUCGGCUGACAGCGCUUUGCUGCUCCGGAUUACACCCGAGGAAGGAGCCGAAGAAGAAAACCCAGAGGAAGGACGGAGAGUCCUGAAAAAAGCUGUUUCCAUGGAGCUACCUAGGAGGAGUGCCAGUCCAGGAACGGCAAAGAUGAGCCAAGAAGACUAUGCUCUUAAACUGGAGCUGAUGAGGCAGCGACUGCUCCGUGGCGGUUCUGCAGACAACAAGAUGAGUGGCCUGAGAGGACCUCUUUUAGAAACAUUAGGGAUGGGAGAUGAAAAACGAGCAAUGCCCUCAGAUCGCUACUCUCGCACAGCUCGUGUGGGCCCACCUCCACUUACCAGAGCUGCCUCAAGUGACUUUGCAAGGGACGAAGUUCCCAAACCUAAGGUUCUACGUAAAAGCACUUCUUUCAGUCAGGGGGAUUCAGAACCAAUAGCUUUACAUCGCAGGUCAGGAGCACCUCUGGAGAUUCCUGUUGCACAAGUAGAGGAAAGGCGGCUUAAAGAAGCCAUUUCCAUGUCAUCUCUGACAGAGCAAACAAGGUUAGACUCCCGUCCAGAGACUCCCAGGGAAUCUUCCCCAAAGCCACGUACCCCAGACCCUGUUGUGCAAGAAAAUCAAUCCAAAACAGAGAGUCAGGAUUCACUGAUGGAGAAAGAGAUUCGAACAGACGAGACUGUAAAUGAAAAGAUGGAUGGACUGACUGCAGACAGUAAUUUUGAUGAAAGGUCGAGCACAAGUGGAUUCUCAGAGAAGGACAUGAGUAUUUCAGAGGAGCCAUUGACUGAAACAGAUAACGUAGGCCAGAGAAUGCCUACACCUCCUGAUAUGGCCCAUAGCUCUGGAGCAGAAGAGAAAAUGCAAGAGGAGAAAGAAAGAGAGAAAAAGGUGCAAGAAGAAAAGGAAGAGUUCGCAAAAGAAGAGGAUGAAAGGGUUGAGUUUGCAGUUGAAUCAAAAGCUAAAGAAAAUGGAGAGGUGAAGACAAGUACGCCGACAAAGUCUUCUGAGAUGAUCAUAAGCACAAGCUCGGUUAUGGUAAAACCAACACAGGAACCUUAUCAGCCUCCAGGAGCUGUAGCUUCAACAUAUAUAACACCUUCACUUCCGGCCCGAGUUGUCCUCCCAGAUGGAAGAAUGUCAGCUUAUGCCAGUAUAAUGCAGACCAUCUUAGUGCCUUCCCUUCAACCUGCCAACGAGGAAGCCCUAGCCCCCUCGACCCCAGCUGAUGUUCAGGUUACCUCUUCAGCCUCAGUUACAGCUCAGACAUCUUUUCCAGAGAGCACAUCAUCCGGAUCAGCAAAGUCGAUCAUCAUGUCCACCACAGAGCAUCCUGCCGUCUACUCCAGGGUAGCAUCACCAGAAAUGAUCACCAAAGAACCCAGUCCACCGAAGACCUUUACGCAAACGUCACCCCAGCAAGAGCUUUCUGCUGGAGCUGACUUGGAAGAUAUGACCUCUGAAGAGGUUUUCGAGGCCCGCUUCAAAAAACGUGAAUCUUCCCUCUCAAGAAGUCUGAAAUUUCUCUCAAGGUCAAAGGAUGAAGAUAGAUCAGUGACCAUCCAGGCUCCAGAAGAUACCUCUGAAGAGAUAUACAGACCUGGGCCUGUUGGUGCACCAUUACAGUUGGCAUCCAGGAGACUUGAGGAAAAGUCCAAGUCCGUCCAGGACCUUCGUGAAGCCCAAAAGGAUCAAGGCUUCAUGAAAAGGCUCUCUAUGCGCUUGAAGAGAACUCCGUCAACAGAGCGUACUGAUGAAGUGGUGAAGGAAGAUGAUUCGGUUGGCUCAAGACGUAGGCUCUCUUGGACUCUCGGCAGACGGGGCUCUCAGGAGAAGAAAGAGGUAGAGAUGACGAGGAUGGAUGGAGAAGGCGACAGGCCUGCGGAAGAAAAGGAGCUGAAGAAGCCUAAUGAAUCGCCGGUGUUGGCGAUGCGCAGGAAGAUUGAAUCAACUGUGGCUGGGAUCUCCACGAGAAUUCGCAGCUACUCGGAGGAGAGACGAGCCUCGGAAGAUAAGGAAACAAAAAGGACACCGAUUCUUUCAAUGCUUCGUCGGUCAACAUCAGAGAGUCGAGCCAUGAAGCCCAUCACUGUUCCUCAGAACCAACUGGCAUCUCAGGCCAGUAACGGAGCCUCAUCGGAGUCACUUGACUCCAUGUCAAGCCUAAAAUCAGAAACAUCUAAGGGCAUUGAGGUUGAGCGGAGAUCCAGGUGGGAUCGAUGGGGCUUGACAAGAGGGAAAAGAGACAAAACCGUGUCACAGCCUGACAUACCCACUGCAAUCUCACGAGACAACAGUUCCUUACGCUCACGCCAGUACUCCAAAUUAGCUUCUGAUUUUCCUCCUGUAUUUCAUAUCAAGCUGAGAGAUCAUGUCCUCCUGGAGGGGGACCCUGUGACCCUCAGCUGUCUGCCGGCUGGAAGCCCCCACCCACACAUCACCUGGUUGAAAGACAAAAAGCCUUUAGAAAUCGAUGCCAGAAUGAAUAUGAUUUCCUGCCCCGAUGGCCGGCAGCUGCUGAUGAUCAUGCAAACCACCAAAAAAGAUGCCGGGGUCUAUGAAUGUGUUGCUACUAACCCCCUGGCUUCCGUGUCCAGCUCUUGCACCAUAUCCCUCGCUCGCCUACCCAAUCGUCCUGGGACCCCAGAGGUUCCUCAGAAAUACAACAACACGGCUUUGGUGGUGUGGCGACCCUCGGACACAGUGGCCCCUUGCACAUAUUCGCUUGAGAGAAGAGCAGAAGGUGAGCGCAACUGGCUAAUAGUUGCGACCGGAGUGGCAGACUGUUAUUACAACGUGACGGAGCUGCCAGCAGGAGGCUCCUUCAGGUUCAGGGUGGCUUGUGUUAACAAAGCUGGUCAGGGCCCCUACAGCAACCUGUCAGAGGUUGUGACUCUGGAUCUGGCAGAACCUGCAAAGUCCAGCGCUUCUGCGGUUGUCAGGACUGUUCCUGCCACAAGUCCCCCACCUGCUGUGGUAAUGAUGUCGUCCAUGAAAGUGCCUCCCAUUAAAGCAGCUCCCAGUAAAUCCACAACCGUGAAUUCAGUGCCAGCUCCUGUUUCGUCAGUGGCUAAAUCUCCCUCUCCUGUAACCGUUAAGCCAGUUGUGCAGGUAAGCGCUGGUCAUCCUGCAGGAACUGUGGCCAUCAGCUCAGCCUCUGUUGAACCAGCUCCAGUUCAGACCACAGCUGCCCCAGUCACAGCGCCCAAAGCCAAGACCUCGAUCAGCAUCAGUGUGAGCAAACCCCAGACCAAGCUGGCACCUCCACCCGUUGUACCACCCAAACCCCAGAGUCCUGUACUUACAUUCCCCUCCAUGACCAACAAACCACCUUCUCCUGUCUCAACAUCUGCUCCUCCUAUUGGAAAGCCCAUUUCCUCUGUGCCAAUGUACGUUCCAGCUGCGACGGCUCGUUCCACCCCUCCUUCUCAAGUUGCUCCCGCUCCAGCGGCUCCAGCGGCUCCAGCACCAUCGGUCACUACUGUGACGAUUUCCCCUCCCGUUGUGAUAGUGCAGAGCCUCACCCCAGUUCUACAAGGAGGGGACAGUCGCAGUACCCCUUCUGGACGGAUCACCCCAUCCGGACGGCUCACGCCUUCUGGACGUAGGACGCCGCUGGGCAAGCCUGGGGAGGGAUCUUUGCGCCAGGGAGUUCCACAGAAACCUUACACCUUUAUGGAUGAGAAAGCAAGGGGUCGGUUUGGAGUGAUCAGGGAGUGCCGUGAGAACGCCACAGGCAACCUCUUCAUGGCAAAGAUUGUUCCCUAUGAGGCAGACACCAAGCAGGCAGUGCUUCAGGAGUACGACAUCCUCAAAUCUCUUCAUCAUGACAGGAUAAUGGCUCUACACGAGGCCUAUGUCACACCGCGCUACCUGGUGCUCAUCUCUGAGUACUGCAGUGGGAGGGAGUUGCUCUACAGCCUGAUAGAAAGGUUCCGGUACUCUGAGGAUGACGUCGUGACUUACAUCGUGCAGAUCCUCCAGGGUCUGGACUACCUCCAUGCGCGCCGCAUCCUGCACCUGGACAUCAAGCCGGAGAAUGUCAUCGUCACACACAUGAACCUAGUUAAGAUAAUCGACUUUGGAAGUGCCCAAUCAUACAACCCUCUCUUCCUCAAGCAGUUCAGCCCUCCUAUUGGAACAUUGGAGUACAUGUCUCCAGAGAUGUUGAAAGGGGACGUUGUUGGUCCUCCAGCUGACAUCUGGAGCGUGGGAGUACUGACUUUCAUCACGUUGAGUGGCAGGUCGCCUUUCAUGGAAAAUGAUCCUCAGGAGACUGAAGCCAGGAUCCUUGCAACCAAGUUUGACCUCUCUAAACUCUACCAGAAUGUGUCCCAAAGUGCCUCCUUGUUCCUAAAAAAGAUCCUCUGUAGCUACCCCUGGGCCCGUCCGUCAAUCAAGGACUGCUUCAGUAACUCCUGGCUUCAAGAUGCCUACCUGAUGCGCCUUCGCAGGCAGACACUCACCUUUACAACCACUCGUCUCAAGGAAUUCUUGGCUGACCAGCAGCGGCGGCGGCAGGAGGCGGCGACCAAGCACAAAGUCCUACUUCGGUCCUACCAGAGUUCGCCGCAAACGCCCACCAGCCCCACCACGCCAAUUGUGCCCGUGCCAGCCUCCACACCUGUCACACAGUGAAAACAGGCUUCCAGAUAUCCACUGGCAGGACUUUCCUGGUGGAGAGGGUCAUUCUCGGAUCGAGGCAAGACUUUGGACUGGGAGAUCCGUCUUUCGUGGUUCCAAGCGAGAAUCUAAGAAGCUUGCCUUCACAGCUAAGGGAACUUUGUGUAAAGCUUAAAGGGGCUAAUUACUACAGGAUGAACGUCGUCAGGCAGAAGAGGAUGCUGUCAUCAAACGAGUACCUCAAAGUUAGCAACUUUUACAUCGGUUUUGAAUGAAAUACUUAUUUUCCUACCAUUACAUUUACCAUGAUGAGAGAAUCACAUCACAUUAGCUGGUCAUGGACGGCUUCAUGAUGCAGUCAUAGCGUGUCAGUGUAAAUAACAUGGUGGUGUUUGGACGUAUUGAAAACUAAACUGAAGCAAAUCCCAUAUUAAGGAGUAUAUCUCCGCAACAGAAUCCAUAUUUUAAAAGGUUUGAUGUCAAUGAAUUAAUACAAUUAAUUUUAUAACAAUCUAUAAAAGUCCUUUCUAUCGUAUCUCUUUUAAUUUCUCACAUUCACAGCAACCCAGAGUGGUUAAUAUAGUUCUGGAAAGUCUCUGCUGUGCUACACGUGCCCCGAUAUAGCUGUAGCUCCUCAGUGAAGAUCAGGAAUGUAGCAGUUCAAGAAUUAACUACUUUCCUUUUUUUUGUUUUUUUUUUGUUCAAUGUCUUGAGUUCAGAAGUUACAUCAGUGGCUUCCACACAAGGGCUGCACGGAAAGAAUGAUGUAGAUCUGUACAUCCGCUCAUCAUACAAAUAAGAAUAUAUCUGACUGUCUAAUUUUUGAAAGCUGGCUAGUUUUUUAAACUGUUGUGAUAUGGUAAUUAUCUUUACUCUUCCAUAUGAAACUCAUUUCUUCCAGCAGGGAUGUUGACAGCAGAGGGGUUUCCCUGCAGGCAAGAAUGCAGGAUAACAACCUAUCUAGAGGGGCUUUAGGCUGCUUUAGCAACUUACAAGCCCAUUAGCCACAGCACAUUUCUACACAUGUUUUGAGCAAGGAGGUAAAGUUUUAGUUUCAAACUUGGAGUGUAUGACAAAUUUUUAUUGUCUUGUUCAUUUCUUACUAUUAGUUAGCAAAUAUUAAGCAAUGCCUAAAACCCCCCCCACUAUAAACUAACUGCCUUAGUUGCAAUAUUGGAGUAAUCCUUUUAGUUGUUAAACUGCUAAUUCUCUAACUUCCUUUCGCAGCUAGCUAGCUGUGUUGCAGUGCUAAUACGUGGAACAGAAACAGGAUUUUGCUUGUGUCUCGUUUACAAAAAUUGUUCUGUUAUAACACAUAAUAAUAAACGGUCUUCAACGUUUUUGCUUUCAGUGAAACUGAAGGUGUUUUGAAAUGCUAUUUUUUUAGCUUCCUUGCUAGCUAAGCUGCACAACAGUGCUAAUGUUGAACUGUAUCGAAAUAGAAAUAACAUGAGAUUUAGAUUCAGCUUUUUAUUUUCUAUUUCUGUCCUUCUCUUUAACAGCUAAUAUUAUAAAAGUGAUCCCACUGAGACUAGGCUAGCAUCGCUGCAGUCCCAAACACUCCGACUGCUAUUUUUAAAACUUCCUGAAGCUAAUAACGUUGUGGUUUUCCCAUUAUUAACUUGUAUGUUAAAGAAACAAGUGAACAAUCAGUUUUAUCUUUUUUUCUUUUAAUUAGUUAGUCCAAUUAGCAUUUUUGUUAGCAUAUCACCUGUGAAAAAAAAGUUUUCUUAGCCAAUGCCUCCUGCACAAUUUUUAGUUGCUAUACCCUCUUAGCCCAUGCUAAUGCCUGCAGGGCUUCUGGGUACAAAGAAAGCUAACCAGCUGCCCUAUCGUCACCAGUUCAUCUAAACGCUUUCAGGCAACCCAGUGAGAAAUAUUUAAUCCAGAUAUAUUUACAGUUUUUCAAAAAGCAGCUCUACUGAGACUGGUUUCAUUUAACCAGAACAGGACAGUAACUGCAUAAUUGGAUCAAAGUUUUGACACUGAGUUGCCGAAUGAUCAGGAAUUGGAUCUGAAUACAUUUAUGGACUGUCUGGGUUGCUACUAAAUGCCCUUUAGGAGCAGCAGUCAACAAAUAAAUUGGUAAGAGAGGAUGCUGACAAAGAGCCGAGUUUGUUAGUUCCUGUUUUGGCUUUCAGUUUCAACUGCCAACAGCCAAUGCUUUGAAAGGGGGGGACUGUUUUUAUAAUGCUGUUUGUACAAUACAGUUUCUGAAAGGCACAGUUCUUCUGGCAUAUUCAGGUAGCUCUUACAUCUAAAAAAAAUACAUUCACCAAGGUAACGCAUAUAUUUACAGCAUACUGUAAACUGUUGGCUGAAUGCCAUUACCAGAUAUAGCAUACUCAAACUCACAGGUAACAAAACAUUGAGCCCAGCAGUUCGUAGAUUCACAGUUACAUAUUUUCAUCAUUUAAUUAUAGAUAAAUGGAUCAGCUGAUUUCAUUUAAUGGAUCUCGCUCUUCCAUUUGGGCACAUAUUUGAUUUAAAGAGCAGCAUAACAUUUUUCAGAUGUUGAGGCCACAUGAAUUGCAAUCAGGGACAUUUUAAAGCUCUUCAGGAAGAGAACUAUCACUUUAAGAAAUCACCAGGAAGGUGUUGCUGCAUCAUGUUUUCUGGUUGGUUGUAUUUAAAUAUGUUUACCAAUAGAAAGUAAGUUUCUGAUUAUUCUGUGAAGUCGUUCCACUGGUUUAUUUAUUCUGUUUGUUUUGGCCAGCUAAUUGUGCCCCUCAGCUUUUCUUUGUUUUCAUUGCUGUCAUUUUCCUAUGCAGAAAACAUAUUUCAGCUUGGAUGAAAACAUGCAAGAGUCUGCAUUAAUUUAAAGUGCUGUGCAGUACAAGAACUUUAUUCCUUGAUGAAGUGACACAUGUUUGUAAGCAGCAACAGGGUUUUGCCACAUUUUGUAGUAUAAUCAGAAGACAUUUUGUUGCAGUGCCUCAUUAUGAAACUUAAACCCAGAGAGUAAAAUUACUGCAGUUUUAAGAAUGAAUUGUUUUAUUUUUAACGUGACUGCUUUGCGUGUGUGUUUUGGCUAAGAUUGUUCAUCUAUCGAGUGCCUGUGUUUGUUGACACAGCUGCAGCUUUAUAUUUGUGAAGUCUCUGAGUCUGGCAUGGAAAUGGCAUGACAGGUGUUACAGUUACGAAAAAUAAAGGAAAUAUGAUGAAA